AUUUGCCCUGUUAUUUUAUCAAUACAUACAUACAAUGAAUCAAUCAUUCAGAUUUCUUAUUUCACACUUCUCAUCAAUCCAACAGAAACCAAGAAAGAGACAAAACCCAGAAAAGAGGAGAGAGAGAGAGACGCAAGAGAGAGAAAGAGAGAAGGGAAAACAUGGAUUUGGAAGCGAUACUUGCAUCUAUGAAUCAAUUAAGAGCUUCUGCUAAUUCAUUUUUAUCUCAAUAUGAGCCCCUCGCUCUGAUUUCCAUACCGAUUUUCACGCUUCUUUUCGCGCGAAUUGUUCACUCGAUUUCUCGUCUAGUUUCCGACAAAGGACUCAAAUCUACAAUCCUCGACUUCUUCAUGGCUUCCCUCAAGUUGGUGCCUGGAGUGAAAAAGUACAUAGAUGCUGAAAAACAAAAGGUUGUGAACAAAUUGCAAGGUUCUGGUAAAUCGAAGAGAGAAGGUUGGAGGACAGAGUUGUCAAUGACAGGCUUAGGUGCUGACGUCAUCAAUAAAAUGAAAGACGAGAAGCAAAAAGACGUCCCGUGGCAGGGCAAAUGUUCUGGUACAGUCUACAUUGCAGGAAAUGAACACGAAGGGCACUUUUCUCUAAUCAACGAGGCGUGCUCAAUGUUUGCACAUACUAAUCCUCUGCAUCAAGAUGUAUUCCAAAGUGUCGUAAAAUUCGAAGCAGAAGUCGUGGCAAUGACAGCUGCAUUACUUGGCAGUAAAGAAAAGUCGUCCGGUGGACAAAUUUGUGGAAAUAUGACUUCGGGCGGGACUGAAAGUAUAUUAAUGGCCGUGAAAACAUCGAGGGACUAUAUGAAAAUUAACAAGGGCAUAACUUGUCCAGAAAUGAUUAUACCAGUUUCAGCUCAUUCGGCGUACGACAAGGCUGCACAGUAUUUUAAAAUCAAGCUGUGGCGUGUGCCCGUGGGCCCGGAUUUUCGAGCUGAUGUUAAAGCAAUCAAACGGCAUAUUAACCGGAACACAAUAUUGAUUGUUGGAUCAGCGCCCGGUUUUCCACAUGGAAUUAUUGACCCGAUUGAGGAGAUGGGCGAGUUAGCUUCCACUAACGGGAUUUGUUUGCAUGUUGACCUAUGCCUAGGUGGCUUUGUAUUACCUUUUGCUCGUAAGCUUGGGUACCCUGUACCGCCAUUUGAUUUCUCUGUUGACGGAGUAACGUCUAUCUCUGUGGAUGUACACAAGUACGGACUUGCUCCGAAAGGAACAAGCGUCGUCUUAUAUAGGAAUCACGAAUUACGCAAGAAUCAAUUUGUUGCUGUAACCGAAUGGAGUGGUGGGCUUUACGUAUCUCCGACAAUAGCUGGAAGCAGGCCCGGAGGUCUAGUUGCCGGGGCUUGGGCAGCAAUGAUGUCUCUUGGCUUAGAAGGGUAUCUGGAGAACACAAGGAAGAUAAUGGAAGCGUCAAAGAGAAUCGAGAAGGGGGUCCGCCAAAUCCCGGAACUGUUUGUAGUUGGAAGGCCAGAUAUGACGAUCGUGGCUUUUGGAUCGAACGUUUUGGAUAUAUUUGAAGUAAACGAUAUUAUGUCUUCGAAAGGAUGGCAUCUCAAUGCAUUGCAGAGGCCUAACAGUAUUCAUAUUUGCGUGACACUUCAGCACGUGACGGUGACUGAAGAUUUCCUCAAGGAUCUGACGGACUCUGUCCAAACUGUAAAAGCAAAUCCAGGUCCGAUAAACGGAGGGCUUGCUCCAAUAUACGGUGCAGCUGGGAAAAUGCCGGAUAGAGGCAUGGUUCAAGAUUUACUUGUUGAUUUCAUGGAUACCUCAUGCUAAUAUUUUGACAAUUUUUAGAUAAGCCAAUAUUCAUGUGACAUUUCAAAAUUGUUAUUUUGUGGAUAUAUGAUUUACUGGAUGUAAUAUUCUUGUUUAUAUAAACUUCAAUGAAUGCUAUUGUUAAUGUUCUUGGGUAAUUGACACUCUGCACCCUUA